AUGUCCGAUAACACGCUCUAUCUCUACACUUCUCUCACUGCGGGGUCAUCCCACAUCGUCACCGCUACUGCACGUCUGGAGACGAUUCUUAAGGCCAACAAGAUCCCAUUUCGCGCAAUCGACGUAGCCACCGAUGAAGUUGCUCGCAAGCUCUGGGGCCGUCGUUCUAAGGGCAAAAAGCUGCCAGGAUUGGUGAAAUAUGGGACGGUCGUGGGUGAUCUAGAGGAGAUCGAAGAAUGGAAUGAAUAUGGUGAGCUACGGAUGCAGAUUGACAGUGUGGAAGAUUUCGACAGCAUCCCUGCCACCAGCAACCCAAUUCCAAUUCCUCAAACAAAUACCAUCCCACAGCCGGCGUCGGGAACUGCCACCCCCAAACCGAGCACUAUUAAGAUUCAGAGUCCUCCGGCGAAGGAAGCCAAAAAGGAUGGUUCGAUAACACUCGCGCUUCGGCAGGCGGGUGAAGAGGCUGCCGCGAAGGCGAAGGAGAAUACAGGCGCAGAAGCUACGAAGAACACUACUUCCGUUGCUGCUGAGCAGCAGAAACAGCAACCUUCGAGCAGCGAGGAGAAGCAAGAGGAAGAACCUGUACGUCGGCGAUCGGUGGUUCCGGAAUUUGUGCGGGGUGCUGGAGGGCGUCCCCCUUUGGUGGUGCCCGAGUGGGCUGCAGAAUCGUCUGCCAAUUUUCGUGCUGAUAAUGUCGCAGCUCUAGGAUUGGUUGAACACCACCGCGGCUCUAUCAUUUCCGCCACGUCGCCGGAGGAAAUGGAGAAAGUGGCCCAGGAUUUGCGCAAAUCCAUCUCCGGUGGCCACGAAGAUAUCUUAGCAUCCUUGAAGAGCGAACAGGCGAAGGAUCCAGGACAAGAAGAGACGAUUGUGGAGGAGUCUGACAGCUCGGAUGAGGACCAGCCAGGCCAGAAUACUCAACCACAGAGCACGCAGAAACGGGAUGCCGAAGAUGCUGCAAAAGGAACAGAGCAUUGA